GCCCCUGCGCACCGCACGAGUUGGAACACGCGCUCCUUCAAGCCAUCGAAGGGGGAAGCACCGACCGUUAUGGCGUAGAGCUGUCAGUGGCUUACGGAGCAAAACAUAACGCUGCCAGGGCACACUGCGAUCCACCGAGAGGCCGCGACGCAACGUUUCUCACCAGCGAAGCCUCCUUCAACGCAUUUACCGGAAUUCUAUCGGUUUGCGCCUCCUCUGAGAGUCGGAGUUCGCCGUAGAGAAGAGGGGAGUCCGUGUAGCGGAGUUGACAGCUAGCGUUUUGGGCUCAGCCAGGGUUCAUUUUUAUUUUUUAUUUAUUUUAUUUUUUAACCUGCGCUGUUUAAGCACCGGAUGGCUGGAAGCCUCUGAAGCUAGCGGACGCUGCCCGGUUGGAGGGAGGGAGCGAGGGAGGGAGGGAUACACAUCGAUCCCUCGGCUAUUUUGGUUAACUCUCCUGCGCACUCGGAGCUAUUAAUCAGUCGAUAAGGUUUCAGCAUGAAUUCUUGAAGCGCCGCUUCUGCCUCGUUGCUUUGGGUUUUUAUUCGUGGUCAAGUUUUCAGAAAUAAUGUCCGACAACCAAAGUUGGAACUCCUCCGGUUCCGAGGAGGACCUGGAGCCCAGGGAGGACUACGGACACCCCGUCGGCGUGGUGGAGUUCAGCGGAGUGCUCAGUAAGUGGACGAACUACAUCCACGGCUGGCAGGACCGCUGGGUCGUGCUGAAGAACAACACACUGAGCUACUACAAGUCCCAGGAUGAGACGGAGUACGGCUGCCGGGGCUCCCUCUGCCUGAGCAAAGCUGUGAUCACGCCGCACGAGUUCGACGAGUGCCGGCUGGACAUAAGCGUCAACGACAGCGUGUGGUACCUGCGAGCGCAGGACCCAGAGCGCAGGAACCGAUGGAUCGAGUUCAUUGAGCUGCACAGGAGUAUCAGAGAAGGGAGGAGACAGAAGGGAGGAAUCCAGACAUCUAUAAUCAUCCCUCCACCACUGGCUGACUCCGGAUAUGGCUCGGAGUCCAGUUUGCGGAGGCAUGGUUCUAUGCUCUCUCUCACGUCCGCCACUAGUGGCUACUCUGCCACCUCCACGUCCUCCUUCAAGAAGGGUCACAGUCUGCGAGAGAAGCUGGCCGAGAUGGAGACGUUCCGAGACAUCCUGUGCAGGCAGGUGGACACGCUUCAGAAGUACUUUGAUAGCUGUGCAGAUGUGUCCAAGGACGAGCUGCAGAGAGACAAAAUUGUGGAGGACGAUGAAGACGACUUUCCCAACACCCGCACAGACGGAGAGUUUCUGCAUAACAACAAUGGUAGCAAAGAAAAAUUGUUCCAGUCCUUGAAUCCAAAGGGUAUAGACUUUAAGGGAGAGGCCAUAACAUUCAAGGCCACCACCGCCGGGAUCUUAGCCACUCUGUCCCACUGUAUCGACCUGAUGGUAAAGAGAGAGGACAGCUGGCAGAAGAGACUGGACAAGGAAAUGGAAAAGAGACGGAGAAUAGAAGAAGGCUACAAAUCUGCCCUCAACGAGCUGAAGAAGAAGUCUCACUUUGGAGGUCCAGACUAUGAGGAAGGUCCAAACAGUCUGAUCAACGAGGAUGAGUUUUUCGACGCGGUGGAAGCUGCCCUCGACAGACAGGAUAAGAUCGAAGAACAGGUGACGUCUCAGGCAGAGAAGACGAGGACGGAGCGCUCCACCCCUCCGCCGCCCGAGGACAUCUACUCCACCUCCGGCACGCACAGAUUCAACGAUAAGGUGGAGGAGAUGGUGCAGAAUCACAUGACCUACUCGCUGCAGGAUGUCGGUGGAGACGCCAAUUGGCAGCUGGUUGUGGAAGAGGGAGAGAUGAAGGUUUACAGGAGGGAGGUGGAGGAAAACGGGAUCGUGUUGGAUCCCUUGAAGGCCACCCACUCGGUGAAGGGGGUCACGGGUCAUGAAGUGUGCCACUACUUCUGGGACACGGCGUACCGCAACGACUGGGAAACUACCAUUGAAAACUUCAAUGUGGUGGAGAGACUGUCGGACAACGCAGCAAUAAUCUACCAGACACAUAAGCGGGUUUGGCCUGCAUCUCAGAGGGAUGUGCUGUACCUUUCCGCCAUGAGGAAGAUUUUGGCCAACAACGAGAACGACCCCGACACCUGGCUGGUCUGCAACUUCUCCGUGGAUCACGACGAAGCUCAGCCAAGCAGCAGGUGCGUGCGUGCCAAAAUCAACAUCGGCAUGAUCUGCCAGACCCUGGUCAGUCCACCAGAGGGAGACAAAGAGAUCAGCAGGGACAACAUCCUGUGUAGAAUCACCUACGUGGCCAAUGUUAAUCCAGGCGGCUGGGCUCCUGCCUCCGUGCUCAGGGCCGUAGCCAAGAGGGAGUACCCAAAGUUCCUCAAGCGCUUCACCUCCUAUGUGCAGGAAAAAACUGCUGGCAAGCCCAUUUUGUUCUGAGACUCGCAGGUCUGACCGGAGGCCAGAACUGCACCUGAAGGCUCUAUCUGAAAAAAACGGCAUCCCUCCGAUAAAAGAUAAUUUGUUUCUGUAUCUCUGCCCUCAGUUAGCUAGAAAGUAGGAUGUGCGCACAUAAAACAAAGUCACACGCGGUCAGGUGUUUAAAAGAGUCGUAGCGUACCUAGCCAUACCCACUACUGUUCCAGAUGGGAGUCUUAGAUCUUAGGGCAGAGAUCUGGAGGCGAAGCUCGUUUCUCCAGCUAAGAACCGAACUCAGCGGUCCUUCUGCACCUCAAAGGAAGACCACCAGCCCAUGACGGAGGAUGGCAAAUGGACAUUCAUGUAAAAGAAUAUUUUCAAGUUGACUGAAAAAAGCAUAUUUGAAAUCUGAAAUCAUAAAUUUAAAUGACAUAGAAAAAAGGAAUGCCGCCCAGAGGGGUAACAGCCUCUGUAGCUCCGGAUGGUGUAGCUUUUCUUCCUUUUUUCUUUAGGACAGAUAUAUUUAAACAUACGGACGGUCUUAAAAUAAAGUUUGUAAAAAA